AUGGAUAACUCAAGUUAUGAAAUUGAAUAUGAUUUUGUCAAUAAGUUUCCUGACGAAACCGUCAAAGAGGUUCUUCCCGCUGUAUUUGACCGCACCACCAAUACAUUCAAAAUCAAGAGAGUGAAUAUUGGAUGGGCUUUGAAGAAAAGCUACACCAUAGCUUACAACGAGAAGAAGCCGGUCGAAAAACUCGCUGAUGGUGAAAGUAUUUACGAUAGAAGGAUUCAAAAGUUGUGCGCUGGUGCUUUACGACGUUUAAGCUUGCAAUGCAAGAGACCUGAAGAAGGGGUCAAAGAUCAACGGCCACCCACCAAGGAAAAAGACAGUUAUGGCUACUCCAAAAGGUUUGAAUGCCCAUAUUGUAAGGCGCCAUUGGAGAAGGUUCCUUGUGGUGUUCCUGUAACUUUUACCUUCCGUGUAAAUGACUCUCACAGAGAAGACAGAGGCAGUACCGCAACAAUGCGUCAAGAAAUAACAGAAACGAAGAAGCACACACACACCAUUUACAAUUCGCUCCAUCUCGAUAGAUACGAAAAGAGGGAGCUUAACAAGAUGGUAAAAACAAGACCAAACAUCACUGCUGCUGCUGCCAUUUCUGGCAUUGAUCCCUAUACUGGUGAAAUUACGAAAAGUGUCAGAAAAAUUAACAAUGUGAUGGCUAAUCAUGGACGUACUAAGUAUGAGAUCGGAAGAUCAAAGAUCCAACAGGAUCUGUAUACUACAAAAGAAGAUGCUGUAGCUGCGUUCCAAGAUCUUGAUGAGAAGUAUCCACACUUCAUGGAUUCAGCCCAAAUUCUCCCUAGCAAGUUUUUUGUGAGCUUUUGCUCACCAGAAAUGCUUCAACGCAAUCUGCCUUUUGCCAACCAACCCAUUGUAACAGAUGUUACAUUCAAGGCCGUCCCAAAGGGGUAUUAUCUUUGCUCAAGUGUCAUAUACAUCGAGCAACUCCAAAAGCAUGUCGUCUUUUAUCAAGCGAUAAUCAAAAGCAACAGCGCUCAAGUUUUCAAGCAGUAUUUUGCUGCCUUGUUUAGAAAGUUCGACAUCAAGCUAGAGCAGUUUUUGGGAGCCAUCAUGGAUUUCUCAGCUGCACAACGCGAAGGGCUCAUAAUAGCCCUUAGGGAGGUUUUUGGUGUCAAGCAGCACAACGCAUUGCCCUUUUUGAAAGGUUGCUAUAUGCAUUGGAUGCAGUCAGUCAGACGGCUGUCUAACAAUCAUCAUGUUGUCAAGCCAGAUGAUAUUGAUCUGUUUUUGAAGCUAGUUCAUCGCUUCCUUACAGCCAGCAAUUCAAUUGAAUUCUACCGUACCGGCCAAGAGAUUCUCUCUAAAUUUCCCAAUAGCAAAAAGUGGCUGCAAUGGUGGUUACAGCCUAGCGUAUCAAGCAUGAUCAUCAGAUGCAAAUCAUUGAUGAAAAAGAAAUUGAGACAGCACAAGAGCCGCACGUCCAACGCGAUUGAGGCAUUCCACAGUGCGCUCUACAAGCUGAUGCCUGAGAAGAGACAACCUGUUGCCACCAGUCUUCGACUGUUAUUGCAGGAGAACAAUCAGAAGAAAACAACGGCAAAGAAGUACGCGACUCUUUACGAAAUCAAUGACGGCCGUGCGCCAGACAACAACGCUGCUCUCUUUGGAUCCAAGAAGAGAAAGCAACAAGUAGUAAUCAUUGAAACUCGCGGUGCUGAUUUGAACGCUGCGAUCAACGAACACUUGGAUGAGGUUAUCGAAAUAGAGCAGAAUUGUCCAAAGAUUGACGACAUUGCAGAUGGCAAUAUCAGCGAUGAGAGAUUCUUCCUUGAACUACUCUCAGAUAGUGAUGGUGAAAACGAUGAAGUAGACGACAGAUAUCAUAGAACCGAGAAUCUAGAAAACGACAUUAAGGAUAUGUUUAAAGGUGCUGGUGUUUCUGUCGAAGAUGUUGUUGUCCACUCUGAUGAGAGCUUCGAAUCGUCUGUUAUUGAUCUUGUAUCUUCCUCUUCGUCCUCUUCUUUUUCUUCUUCCUCCUCUUCCUGUUCUUCCUCUUCGCCAAUAAUGAAGACCAAGUCUGAGCCUACUACAUCUAAGAUGAGAGCACCAACUGAUUCUGAUUUCACGUUGUCUUCGUCUUCCUCAAACUUACCCUGUCCUGCAAGUAAUGACAAGCACAUUGAUCCUAUUAUAUAA